AAUGUGGAACAAGGCCUGCAGUAGAUGAGUCCACAAUGGGCUCCCGGAUUGUAGGUGGACAUGAUGCUGAACCUGGGGCAUGGCCAUGGCAAGUCAGUCUUCAAAUUCAUUACAGUGACAGAGCAUAUCGUCAUAUAUGUGCAGGAGUUUUAAUCAAUAACAACUCAGUGCUGACUGCAGCACAUUGCAUUCAAGAACAUCCGAAACCAGACAAGUGGAAGGCUGUAGUUGGUUUGCAUCAUCUUUAUAUACAUUGGCCUUUUUCUAAAGAAUAUCAUAUCAAAGAUAUCAUAGUCCACUCUGAUUAUGAAUUUGGAACUUUUGAAAAUGAUGUUGCCUUGUUCAAACUCAUGCAAUUUGUGAAGUACAAUGACUAUGUCCAGCCUGUCUGUUUACCUGACUCUGCUCACUUUCUGAGUGAUAAAUCUAAGAAUCCAUGUUAUAUAAGCGGGUGGGGAAGCUCAGAGGAAGAAGGUAAAUCUGUCCUUAUUAUUUUAAGAUCAAGAUUUUAG